UCACUGCGCUCAAUAAUCAACGUUCAUUUCCCUCCACUAACCAGAAGAACGUCCAACAAACCUUCUUCACAUGACCAACCUGGAAUGAGAUUCUAUUGUGUCAUCCCAGAGAAUGGGGGAGGGGUCCUCUUUGUGAUCCACGCCCUGUCCUGUGUUUGUAGUCAGCAUGGCCCUGAGUCGUCUGUGGGGGAGGGGCCCCCUGUGAGGAAGCUGGCUCACAAUGUGAUUGGAGUCUUCCCAGAUCCGUAGUGCAGACACAGAACGUCCCUCACACCUCUCAGCCAGGACAAGAAGCCUCCAUCUUCCAUCGGGGACACGGAGGAGAACUUUCCCCUGAUUGUGGAGACCGUGCUGGGAAGAGUCAGAAGUCACCCGAUCAUAGAAGACUCAACAGAGGAGCCAAGAGGGACCAUCCGCCAGGUGGAUUGAGGAAUCAAGUUUUCUAUCAUGUUGGUCUUCAUCAAUACAACAAAGUCACAUGGGAAGUGAAGCCAUAUGGGUGUCUGAAGUCACUGAAAGUCUUUAUCACAAUUCACUGGAGGAUUCACACAGGACACAAGUCAUAUCCGUGUUCUAAAUGUUGUUCUGAAUUCUCUUCAACAUCGAUCCCGCCUCAGAGGAGAACAGGAGAGAAGUAAUUUCAGUGUUCUGGAAGUGACAAUGACUUUACAGUAAAGUCCAACCCAUGUAUAUAUAAGAGGAGUCAUUUCAGAAGAUAUUUCUUGUUUGGAAUGUUAUAAAGAUUUACAAUGGAGGCAAAACGUAUCACACACCAGAAGGUUUAUAAUGGAGUGAAGUCAUAUCAGUGUUCUGAAUGUGACAACGUUUUUACAUUUAAGUCUCAUCUUAUCAUACACCAGAGGUUUCACCAUGGAGAGAAGCCAUAUCAAUGUUCUGAAUGUGACAAAGCUUUUACAACCAAGAAUGAUCUUAUCAGACACCAGAGGGUUCACACUGGAGAGAAACCAUAUCCGUGUUCUGAAUGUGACAAAGCUUUUACACAUAAGUCACACCUUAUGAGACACCAGAAGAUUCACACUGAAGAGAAACCAUAUCAGUGUUCUGAAUGUGACAACAUUUUUACAUUUAAGUCACAGCUUAUCAUACACCAGAGGGUUCACACCGAAGAGAAGCCAUAUCAAUGUUCUGAAUGUGACAACGUUUUUACACAGAAGUCAACCCUUAUGAGACACCAGAGGAUUCACACUGAAGAGAAACCAUAUCAGUGUUCUGAAUGUGGCAAAGCUUUUACACAGAAGUCAUACAUUAUUAUACACCAGAGGAUUCACACUGAAGAGAAACCAUAUCAGUGUUCUGAAUGUGGAAAAGCUUUUACACAGAAGUCACACCUUAUGAGACACCAGAGGAUUCACACUGGAGAGAAACCAUAUCAGUGUUCUGAAUGUGGCAAAGCUUUUACACAUAAGUCAACCCUUAUCAGACACCAGAGGAUUCACACUGGAGAGAAGCCAUUUUAAUGCUCUGAAUGUGACAAAGCUUUUACAUUAAUGUCGGCAUCAUCUAUCACCAGAGGAUUUACAAGCUUCAGCUGCAGAGAGGAAACUCUGAAAUAAGGGGUAUCAAAGGAGUUGCGGGCAUCCCAUUAGUUUCACAGCCCCAAUGUUAUCCCACAAGCUAGGGAAGAAGUUAAAAGAUAAAAUGCUUCUCAAAAAAAGUAACACAAAUUUGUGAGCAAACUGGAAUGUAAUGAUUGGAGGCUUUUAGCUGGAUUCAGAAAGGGCGUCCUAACUUUGCGGCGGCGUAGU